UUUUUUUAAUCUGUGAUUUGUUCCGGGGCGUGUCAAAUGUCGUUUUACGGCGUUUCUCGACUAGUUUAGAAAUCUCCGAGUGUCCGUGAAGGCAGCGGAGCGGCUGACACACAGCGGGAGUGAUGGCGGACAGUAGUCCACAACAAGUGACAACAAACAUCAUGCACAAGUCCACUCCUGCCUUGACGCAGGUGGCGUUUAAGGACAUCCCGCACUCGUACUCGCCGUGCAGCCCCGUCACCUGCAGCUACACCCUCACUGCGCCCUUCCAGGCCAGCAGCCGCGACUGGGUGGGCAUUUUUAAGGUGGGCUGGAGCACCACCAAGGACUACCACACCUUUGUGUGGGUGGAGCCAUGUGGGGACCAGCAGCCAGUGAGCAGGAAGGCGUGUUUCAAAGAUUACUACCUGCCCAAAGAUGACGUGGACUUCUACCAGUUCUGCUACGUGGACAGCACGGGCCACGUGUGCGGCGCCAGCACGCCGUUCUGCUUCAAAACUCAGACGGAGCCAAGUGCAGAGUCCACGUUAGACAAUGACCUCUGGGUUAUCACCACACAGCACCAAGUGGACGAGAGCGUUCGAGAGAAGGCGGCUCUGAAGGAGGCGGCAGAUCGCAUCAGAGAGAAAAACGAAGAGAUGCAGAAAGAUCUGCAGGACGAAAGGCGGCAAGUCGGCGUCUUGGAGGAGCAGAAGAAACAGCACAGCCAGGAGAAGUCUGAGCUGGAGAGAGAACUUUCAGAGAUGAAGGCUCAGAAUCAACGAUUAGAAAACACGGUGCAGCAGCAAAAGCAAGAAAUGGACAGCUUGAAGCAGGAGAUGCUGGCCCAGAUGACAAGUCAAAUGCAGAUCCAGGAGAAGCAUGCUGGGAGCACACCGGGCUGCGAUGAUGAAGGCGGCGGCGGCGAGGGUGAUGACGGUCGUUUAGGACAAACCGAGCUGGAGCUGAGAGAAGCUCAGGCUGCCAUCGCAGAGAAGGAAGUCUUGAUGGAGGAGAAGGAGCAUCUGAUGUUGACUAUCAGACAUCAAAACGACAUGCUGACUCAAGAGAACCAAAACCUGAGAAGAGACGUUGAGGAGCUGCGCAGGAUGUUAAAGGAACUUCCAGCGGCCGCACCCACCCACACGCCGCAGCAUGAGGUCACAGCGCCCCCUGGGGGUGAACUCACACAGUCCGACGCAGGCCAGACGCGCGACCCCUCGUAUGACGACCUGCCAGUUGUGAGCAUCACCGAGGACGAGGACGAAGACCAGCCGGUGCUGUCAUGCCGUCACUGCCUGGAAAGUUUCCCGGGGAUGUCUCGGGCGGAGGUGGAGGAACACGAGCGCAACCACCAGGUGUGUCCUUUCUGUACGCUCAUCUGCGACAACAUGGAGCAGUCGGUGUUUGAAGACCACGUCUACAGCCACGAAAUGUGACGUCAGAACAAAAGGGCUUGACAAACGUUUGCAGUGGAACGGGAAUCUCCAGAACACCAGGGAUUGUUUAUUCAAAGGGUCUUAAUGAAAUCACGACAUAUUUCUAUUUUGGAUAAUUUAUCUAUUGACAUAAAAAUAAAAAUAAACCUUCUUCUUUCAAAA